AUGAUCAUUGCACUCGUUACUGGAGGGAACUCCGGCAUUGGUGAGGCUGUUGUCCGACAAUUAGCCAAGACGCCUGAUUUCCGCGUUAUUAUUGGAUCUCGCAAUGCAGAGUCGGGCUUGAAGCUGGCUGACUCCCUCAGCCAGGAGGGAGGUCAUUCUGUCUCCUCUGUACAACUCGAUCUCGUCUCUGAUGAGUCUAUCUUCAAUGCUGUCAAGCACAUAGAAGAUAUUUACGGCAGGCUCGAUGUCCUUGUCAAUAACGCCGGUAUUCUUAUCGACCGCCGUCCUGACGCGUUCACCACCACUCGCGAUCUCUUCCGCAAAACUUUCGAGACCAAUGUAUUUGGUACGGCUGUGCUGUCUGAAGCGGCCCUCCCGCUUUUACUCAGGGCCGAGUACCCACGCAUCAUCUUUGUCUCAUCCACGAUGGGCUCCUUGGAGGUGUCCCUGGACGAGACUACUCCUUUCUACCAUACCGACUACAAGGCGUACGAUGCCAGCAAGGCGGCUGUAAACAUGCUCGCGGUUAACUAUGCACGCUUGCUCAAAGAUACCGGUGGAGCUUCCAAUGCAGUCUGCCCGGGACUGGUCAAAACGAAGUUGGCUGGCUACCACGAUUAUGGUACGUCUGUUGAGAUCGGUGCCGAAAGAAUCGUCAGUUUGGCCACCACUAGCCCGGGAGGGCCCACGGGAACUUUCUCCAACCGCCAAGGCCCCAUACCAUGGUAA